AUGCGAGCACCGUCGGUUCUGUUCAUAUUCCUACUUGGCGUGAUCCUCGGGGAUCGGUGCGCGGCUGGAGAGGAUCAGGCGGACAAAUCGUGGAUAUCGCAGCUGAAGAAGCUGCGCACUGAUCUGCGAGACUGCUAUCAGUCUGGAGUGCACCGAAGUCUGUGGUCUUGUUUCCGCUCCCGCAGCUUGCACAUCUUCGAGGGCAUCAUGUCGUCCCCAGAGAUUUCCAUUUACGAUGGCGUUCGCCUGGUGUCCGCUCCGAAUAUUACGGAAAAUGCCACACGGCCUGAAGAGGAACGAAAGGAUUUGAAGCACCUAACCUGGUUCGAUCAACUGGCAGUGAGCUUGGCCAAGGGCUUGACCACCCACACCCUGCAAGUGAGCCUGGGCAAGCUGACGGAGAGAUACCUGAGUAGUGAGGCUUCUAGCAGCGAUCCUGUGGGAAGUGCCCGGCUGAGAAGACAUCGCUACAACAUGAUCAUAACCAUGAUGUUUGGCGUGACUGCCUUGGGAGCCAUCCUAGUACCCAUGGGCUUCCAAAUGCUCUCCAUAGUGAGUGGCAAAGCUCUGCUACUGGCCAAGAUGGCCCUGCUCUUGGCCUCUAUCAAUGGCCUAAAGAGGGUGGCCAACAAUGGAUUGCACUAUGGACUGUACCACGUGCCGGGAGAGCACUUGGGUGGUUACUACGACAGGGGGGAUGUGAGUCAUCCCCGAAACGUGCCUAUUCCCGUGGCUGUGGCCCCCACCUUGGACAUGGGAUUGAAGUAG